UGCGGGACUGCCUAUUCCGGGCGGUGGGAGCCUGUGGACAGGAGAAUGUGAUGCAAGCUGGCGUGUGACGGGAGCACAGCACCCCCUGUUAGUCCUCAAACCUUUUUGCACCUUGCAUAAAAAGCCUUGGCUCCCUCUCCCCCUCCUGAGUAGUGAGUACCACAGCUCCGAGCGUCAUCCGAGGAGCCGCUACAAGAGACAGGGCCGAGCAGCAGUUGGCCAGAGGUACCAGUCACAUCUCGGACGGCAGUGGGACGGAGCGGUCGCCGAUGCUGACUUGACUGUCAACCACCCUCUGUCGCGGAGAGGCUGCUUCUGCUUUCGCCCGGGGUAACUGUUCCAACUCCUCUCGGGCUUGCCCUGCCCUGCCUGCCGGGACCCUGCGGACAGGGGCAGCGUUGAGGACGGGGAGGGAGGGUGGGGGCAACUGGGCUGGGAGCGGCUCCGCUUUCAACACUGGGUCUCCCCUUCUGGAGAGCGGCUGCGAUCGGUUGGCUGGGCGCCGGCUCGCCGCCCGAGGAUGUCGCGGCAAGGAGGUGCCUGAGUCCGGGAGUCACUUGGUCCGUGUGCGAGGAGGGGAGAGAGGAAGCCGGACACUACUGGGCGCAGAGGGAGCGAGAGGUCCGAUCCCACCGCACAGCCCCGGAGCACAGAUGCAUUUUCGACUCUUUUCACUGGCGCUGCUCCUUCUGGACUGCAUGGAUUAUGGGCACAGUCUGCACCAGCGGGGGAAGCGGAGCAGGAGAGCGAACACUGGACUGUAUCCAAUCUGUAAAGGCUGUCUCCUUUGUUCGAAGGAUAAUGGAUGCCUCAGCUGCCAGCAGAAGCUGUUCUUUUACCUUCGGCGGCAGGGCAUGCGUCAGUUUGGGGAAUGUCUCCACUCCUGCCCCUCGGGGUACUACGGUCUGCGGGCGCCAGAAAUGAACAGAUGUGCAAGAUGUAAAAUAGAUAAUUGUGACACGUGUUUCAGCAAAGACUUUUGUACAAAGUGCAAAGCUGGUUCUUACUUGCACAAGGGGCGUUGCUUUGAAGAAUGCCCUGAAGCAUUUGUACCAUUGGAAGAGCACAUGGAAUGUGUGGAGGGCUGUGAGGUUGGACCGUGGAGCAGCUGGGGAACCUGUAUAAAGAAUGGAAAAACGUGCGGUUACAAGUGGGGCCUGGAAACCAGGAGACGGCAGAUUGUGAAGAAGCCAGCGAGGGAUACCAUUCCCUGUCCAACCAUCGCAGAAUCCAGGAGAUGUAAAAUGGAAAAGCGGCACUGUCCAGGAGAGAGAAAGCAGAAAGCAAAAGUGAAGGGAGCAGGCAGGAGGAAGAAGAAGCGAGCUCGUGCCAAGGAGCGCAAGCAGUUUGUGGCACUUCAAACCACAGAGAGCACUGACCUGUAAAAGAGGACAAACCAUUUAAUCCACAAAAUGCCCCUGGCUGCUCGGCCUUCCUGCCCACCUGGCAGUUGUGCUGCUUUUGACAAUAUUAGUGGCAGGUAAUGAGAGAGGGAGAGGGAGCUUGUUUUUAUUUAUACAUCAGUCAUUUGCUGUUCCCUGUUUGGCCCGUACAGAACACGUUUGGUGUGGCAAAGACUUUUACAGAGGACACUGAAGGCUGGUCAGGCCAACAAGUUGCCAUUGACAUAAUUUAAAAUAUGCAACAUAAGCCCCUGCUUGUAAAACUGCCGAGAGAUGGAGAAGAGGACGUGUCUAUUUAUAUGCAGGAAGACGUAUGAACACAGGACGAGGACUGUUUAUUACAUGGAGUUUGUCUUUUUGUUCGUCCUACAUUCCAGGGCGAUCCCUCCAUCGUGGUUGCGCAGGACUCGGCACAGGUCCCAGUGACGUCACCAACAUAACAUGCUUUAAAGGCUGUAACUGUAUAAUCCAAGCAAUGACUGUCCCCUAGUUGCUUGUCUGGUGUAUACACAGUGCUGAGUCUAUCCAUAAUAAACUUAUUCACUGUAUAUAUAUACA